UCUCAACCUGUCUUACAACAGCAAAAUUGCAUAAAUAACACGAAAAUAAAUCGGCAAGAUGAAAAGUGUUACAAUGAUGUGAAUUAUAUUAAAAUCACCAAGAAAUUAACAAAAAAAUGCCACAAAAUUGGAUGAAAUAAUUGAAGAUGGGUUCGAAGAUAUUAAACGAUAUUCAAAAUGAUCUCAAACUCCUGAUAACUUCGUUAACAGGAUUCGAGGAGGCAGAUGAAGGUUACCAGUUAUGCGAACGGUACGUGUUCUCAAAUAUGAAACAUCAUCGGUUCCUUUCCAUCAACAGUCAUGCAGUAAAACGAACGAUCAACGAAGUCGAGGAGAAAUUUCAAAUCUAUGGAAAGUACAAUGUUGCACGAGAGUUCAAAAGCCUCGUGGAUAAUUUUCUCACGAGCUUCGACUUCGAGCAACAUCCACAGUAUGACCUCCAGUGGUCCCUCCUUUGCCUUCUAUUAAAUCUCUCCCGAGAUACCACAAAAUCGGAGAUCGACUGUCUUCACACGACAAAAGUUGAGAAAACCCUGACAUCUUCAUUCUUGGAGGAGGUAGAUGAGAUCGACUGGGGGGAGCACCUCAAAGAGGGUCAAGAAAAUUUCUUUUCUAAUUACGCAAGUAGUUCGGACUCCGAGUGGAGUGACGACGAGAACGAGAAAGUCUCAACACCCUUGACAAAUACAGAAAAGCCAGUAAAAUUGCUGAAUGAAUCAUCGGGUAUUGCUCUCUUGGAACCUCCACAUCUCCUUCAAACCCCAAAAACUCCAUCCGUCUUUCAAUUAGCCAUAGAAUCUCGUGAUUGGCUGGAUUCCAAUGUCGAGAACACCUGGUGGAACACUUUAAACAGUUAUGAGCUGAAGCCUCGCUCAAAUUUUCCUCAGGCGUAUCUCUGCAAAAUGUUUCGAAGAUUAGAAAAAAUUUCUCCAUUCGUUUUACCUUUUAGAAAAGUUCUUGAAGGAGUUGUCGAUGAGAUCCUCGAUAGGAGGUACUCCUGUGCUACUAAAUUGGUAAAAGAUAUAUUGAUUAAUGAGUAUAAACUGGAGAACCACCUGAGAUUGAUGAGAUUCGUAUUUAUGAUGGAACGUGGUCAUGUGAUGAAGAGGUUUUAUCAAAAAAUGUUCAGUGAUAUUGAGGGGAAUGUUUCCGUGAGUAAUCCAGAGAGUUUAACGCAUUUGUUGGAGGAAGUGUUGUCGGAUGAAUGGAGAGAUUCUAAUUCUCACAAUCGAUGGUUUGUUUCAUUGCGAGAUACUUGCACUAGACAGGUUUUACAGGCUAUUGAUCAUAUUGUCCUGAAUUAUGAUGUCGAUUGGCCGAUCAACAUGGUGCUAACAAAGGAAGCAUUAAGAAAAUAUAAUUGCAUCUUCAGGUUUGCAUUGAAGCUAAAGUGGGCGUUAUGGUCUCUCAAUAAUCUCAGAUUUUCUGAUCUUGAAGGACAAAAUUCAGCAAAUAUGAAUGACAUGCUUCAUCAUUUUCACACGAGAAGACUGGAGAGCUUGAGAUUCUGGUUAUUACAUGCGAUUGGAUCAAUUCACGCUUAUUUAUGCGGUCAAGUACUCCAAAGUCUCGGCUUAAUACUGGAACAAGAGUUGACAUUGGCCGAUAGCUUAGACGCCAUUAUCGAAGCUCACAACGAUUAUUUGGAAAAAGUAUACGAGCAUUGCCUCCAAACUCCCCAGUUUUCUGAUAUCAUGGUCACAAUUAAUAACCUCCUGGGAAUGUGCGUUCACGUAAGAGACCGUUGGCAGCGAGGGGCAAAGCAACUGAUUGCGGCGGAACUCGAUUUAAUGGAAUCUAGUUUCACGAAAUAUCAUACGUAUCUCGCACUGGCACUUCAUAACGCAGUACAACAUAAGGAGGCUGAUUAUUGUAAGUCUGCGACCUCAGUCUCUAACUUGAGAUACUUAUUCCAAUCGAACAUCCCUCAUUUCGAUGACUACACUGAUAACAUUCAUUAAAAUAUUUGAGAUUACCCUUGAUCAAUUAAUUAUAAAACCAUAAUUAAUACUAACUUCAACACGUGACCCUAACGCUUUACCAUUCUAAAAUGUCUUUUUUUUUUUAUUUUUAUGUAUUUUUUUCCAGUGGCUGGCUUGACAUCUGCUUUUAACUGAAAGUGCUAUGCAGUUGUACCCACAAAUCACACACAAAACUCAUCACACAUUCUAAUAAAUUGAAUUAAUUUAAUUUAAUUCAAUGUAAUAUUGUAAUUGAAAGCGGGAUCGCCUAUCCAUUUUCCAUUCCAUCAUUAAUCGACUCCUCAUAGAAUUAUAAACCCGUUUUCCAUGUAUAAAAUGUAGUGAAAAUGUUUAUUAAGUUCUCGAUGGUUAUUGAAAUUGAAAUAAAUUUUUUUUUUAUAA